GUCGGCGGCCGGGAGGUGUGCACGGAGCCGGUGCAGGACUUCGGUAUCGAGAAGAUCAUCCCGCACGAGGAGCACCACAGGCCCGUGAAGUACCGGAACGACAUCGCGCUGGUGCGGCUGGACCGGCCGGUGCGGCGCACCAAUUACGUUCGGCCCAUCUGCCUGCCGUUCGACGCUUCAGUGCGGAGAGCACAUGUGGGCCAGGAGCUCACUGUGGCCGGCUUUGGCGCCAUUCGCGGCCAAGGCGACACCGUGCGCGAGCUGACCGUGCCCGUGGUGGGCAACAAGGAGUGCUCGCAAGUGUACCGGAGCUACAGGACCCUGAUCGGAGCCGAGCAGAUCUGCGCUGGCGGCGAGCGCGACCGCGGCGCGUGUGCCGGCGACGCCGGCGGGCCGCUCAUGGCCAUGCCCGCGCCCGGCCAGCCGCACUACCUGAUUGGCGUCGUCUCGUUCGGCCCAGCCCGCUGCGGCACCAGGAACGUGCCCGACGUGUACACACGCGUCACCGAGUACGAGCAGUGGAUCGUCAGUAACAUGCGCGACUGAGGGCCGCGGCGGCGGCCACUGCUGGGUGGCGCGGAGGGGACGAAUGAGACUGCUGUCGCGCGUCGGCAGCAGGCAGCGUGAUUUGACUCCGGGCCUCCACGGAGCCAGGCCAAAACUCCACACAGUCUAGCAGGGUGAUGGGUUGGGGUCAUUAUGCACUUCGAGUAAUGUUAUAAAAGCGUAGGCGCUAGGGUUGAAAUGGAUUCUCAUUCUAAUCCGUCGUUGAAAGGUGCACCGUGGCACAUGUGGUUUAGAAGUCGCAGUCAGGGCCCUAGCUGCGGCUGUCCCAGCCGGGUGGAGUCGUCGAGCCAGGCUCCUCGCGCCUACACAGCACAGCUGACGGUGUCGGCAUGGCCCGACUGGCGGGACCACCUGGACGACGGUCAGUCUUGCGCGGCGUAUCAAAUUAUGCUGAUCGUGGAUGUGAAUCUCACACUGCGCUUUAUCGGCUGCACUUCUACAUGGUCUGUCGCGCUUAGGACUGAGCUGAUUUGACCGAUCUGAAGGUGAGCCGAUGAAACCGAACCGGGACUUGAAUGCCAUGACCAAAUUGUUCAUUGGUUGACAAUUUUUAUCAUUACAAGCUCGUAUUAAGCGGCGGCAGUUGGUUGGCCUUCUGUAUAAGUUGUUAAAUGUUUAGUAACGAGUCCAAAUUACGAACAUUGGCAUUUGCCAUGGGAGUCCACGACCCCCCCCAGGAGGACGAGCCUUAAUCUGUAGUACACCCCAUAUCAUUACACCUGCGGAGCUGGCCUCCGCGCGUCUGAUCGCAGUUGAAGCAAGGCCGCUUUACAAAGGUCGGUUAGCUGAAAUGCGAGACACGUCAUUGGACAUCUGAUGCCAUGCGGGGCAUGGCAGCGCGUUGGCCCCGUGUCCUGGUCGUGGUGUGUAGAUGAAUGGUGUAAACGCAGUGACUUUUGUGCGUGACUGGGAAUACAGUGGAAUUACAUCCUGUUUUGAGCAGAUGCUGAAUGCGUGAGGAUGCUGUUUUUAUAGUCCAGCCGUUUAAUCCUUGAAGGACCAGACCUGCUGGCUAAAGGAAUAAUCACUCGUCCAGGGCCUGCUCCAAAACCCCAUUGAAGUCACCAGAAUGAAAUAUCUAAACCAGCAUUUGCUUGGAAUGCCAUCCAAAUGCACACCCGGACAUCGUACAAAACCUGGUAUCGACAUUGGCUCUCUAUUUUCAACUCCAUAGAGCUUGGCGGCCUUUGUGGGCACAACCAACACCGCUAGUCGAUAGCAAACUUUUUAUUAUAGUUAUAAUACAAUUGCCAUAGCCUGCGUUUGCCGUUUGCCAUGCGCUUUGAAUAAA